CCUUCGAAGCUCGAUCCCCCACACGCACUUACACAACACCGCUCUCUCUUCAUCCUCUUUUACGUUUCGCUUUGGCACUUUCUCUCUCUCUAUACCCUUUGAACCUAAACCCUUUGCCGGUUUCGAUUUCUAAUUUCUAAACCCUGUCGGCCAAUUUCAUUUUAAUUUUCUGGAUUCACGGAAAAUCCUCCUUUUUCACCGCUAUACGUAGUUUCAUUGCUGCUUGUGUGCGUGUGAGAGUGGAGUUGUAGAGAGAGAAAGGGAGCUCAAGGCCUCAACUUUACGUUUCCUAGCACUGCGCAUAUAAUGCUUGUUGAUGUGCCUGAGAGAAUUCACUGGAAUUGGUGCCCGGAGUUGGUUUUGGUUUAGCAGAAAAUGGAGUCGUCCAGUGCGAAUCGAGCUUUGCCGUUCCACAUCGAUCUCAACGAAAUCCCUCUGUCUUCGCCCAGGGAAGCUGAUGACGACGACGUAGUUGUAAUUGACCCGCCGCCGAGAGCUGCUGCCCAGGCGCAGAAUGUGGAGCCUAGGCAGCAACCCGCUGUGGUUCGAGGGUCCGAUAACGUUAGUCUGCUUUGCUCUGUUUGUGAGCGCCGGAGGAGAGACGGGGACAAGGACUGGAUGUGCUUGGGGUGUUUGAUCCGACAGCAUAGUGCCCGUCGUAGUGGCGCAGGAGGAAAUGCUCGAGACGGCGGUAUUCGAGGCGGUGGUGAAAGCAGCGACGUGGGCUUUCUAGGUCUGGAUAUUAACGCGCCGCCACCGAGAGAGCUGGAACAUGAAGGCUUUGUACUUGACUUGAAUGAAGAUGCGACAGUAGGGCGGCGAUAUGGCGAGCGAAAUGUUGGCAAAGUACAAACUGCAUGCGAUUCUUCCAUCUCUGGCUGUACAUUUAUUUCCUCAAGUACAUAUUCUAAGUUUCAUUCCAUGGAGAAUGGAUAUGAUAUUCGGAAAGCUUCUAAUGUUACAACAGAUAUUGCUAGAUCAGGAUUUGAAGAUACUACACACCAGAGACUACUUUCUGAUACAAACUUCAAAAAGAAUGAUCCAGGUUCAGUGUUUGAAAAGAGAUCCUCGAUUGGUCAUUCUGAUCCUCUGAAACAUCUUAACCGUACUGCAAGUGAGCUGUAUCUACAAGGCCUUAGAGAAUAUAUUGCUGAAAGAAAAGGUACACUAGGAGUUGGAUGGAAUGUGGAAUUUAAGUUUUGCCAUAAAAGAUGCAAGACAUCUGCAGUAUAUCAUGGUCCUGAUGGAAGUACUUUUGAGUCAAUGGCUGAUGUUGCUUCUCAUCUGGGGUUGCCAUCGGGUGUUCGUACCAUAGAGAUGGAGAAUGGAGGCAAUAGAUUUUCUUUAGUUCAUAAAGAAUCAAAUAACAUGCUAAGAAGAAAAGAUGCAUCAGGUUCGAUGCAAACCAGAAGCUGUAAUCAAAGCUCUAAUGCUCCACGUAGCAGCUUCCUUGAGAGUGGUGCCUUCUUGCAAAAUAUUAAGGAUGGCUUCCCAGUUCAAUUUGAGGAUUUCUUACUUAUUUCAACUGGCCAUUUGGAUUCACGACCAUCCUACCAUAGCAAUAACCAAAUAUGGCCUGUGGGUUAUAGAUCUAGCUGGCAUGAUAAACUUUCUGGGUCAAUAUUUGUAUGUGAUGUUACAGACGGUGGUGAUUCCAGCCCAAAAUUCAGGGUUCAAAGAUAUCCAUGCAGCAUACAGUCUUACGUUGCUAGUUCCACAGUCCUCUCAAGGCCACAGUUGAGUUCUUCUAGCGAGUAUGACAAAGUGGAGAAGGAUGAUUCAACUGUUUUUGGUGUACUUGAUGAUGAUAGUAUUUCUGUCCAGAUAAUGUUGGGAGACUGCAGUCCACCAACUCUGGAUAAUGACAAUGAUACUUAUACAGGGCAAAGAGAAGAUGAAGAUUUUGCUGUGGAAAAACUGAAUUCCUCAUUGCCAGUGAGUGUUGGAAACAAAACAUUUGAUGUCAUUGGCCAAGGGGAUAGCCUUGGAGAAUUUCUUGUGGAAGGGAGUUCAUUGUCCUCUGUAUGGGAAAUGGUCUCCCAGACUCUUCUACUUGCUAGCCAUGAGGCAUAUAAACAAAAAGGUGCAGUUCAGUUCUGUUGUAGUCACGAUAUAUGUGAGUUAGAUGUGAAACAACUUGAUAGCCUUGGUCCAUUAUCCAAAUUUUCUUGCUUGGCAGCACCUAGUAAUUUUCCUCGUGCAGUGCACAGUGAUAGCGAGUUCAACAGCACUUGUGAAAUGCUAGUAAAGUGGUUUGAACAGGAUAGAUUUGGCUUAGAUGCAGAUUUUGUGCAGGAAAUUCUAGAACAGCUUCCUGGCAUUUUGAACUGUUCAGGCUAUAAACUUUUGAGUGAAAGGAAACACAAGUCAACUCUUCGAACAGUUGGAAGUGGGUUUCUUCAGUCCAAAAGGAAGAGUCAUAUGCAAGAUGAUAGGGAAUCAUAUGAAUUUUUUAGAACAUCUAAAAGACUCAGAAAAUUAGAAGAAGAAUCUGAAGUGAGAGGCCCCUGUCCUUUAGGCAAACCAUUUAUGUCAAAGCUUCCAUCUUAUUUGAUAGGCGAUGCUCUCCAGGUUUGGGAUUUUUCAUUGCGUUUUUCUGAGGUAUUGGGGCUGGAAGAUCCAUUUUCUUUCUGGGAACUUGAAGAUGAACUAUUGAGUCCAUGGAUUGAUGGACUGAAUCCGAGUGUAAAUCAGAAAUCUGAUAUUGUGGAUGCUGGUGAUACCACAGUAUAUGGAGAUGGGGUGAAGUCUUCUCAAGGCAAUGUGACUUAUAAUCAAGAGAGCAGAUGUACUGGUCUAGUUUUGGCAAAAACUCACAGCUUUCUGCUAAAUGUUUUAGUUAAGGACCUCCUUAUGAAGGUUGCAGUUUAUGUGGAUCCUAAUUUUGAUGUUGCCGAAUCUAAACCUAGAAGAGGUAGAAAGAAAGAUGCUGACAAUUUAGCUACUCUUAAGAAAGCUAAACUUGAUAUGUUUCCUGUCAAUGAAGUUACUUGGCCUGAAAUUGCUCGGAGAUACAUUUUAGCUGUAUUAUCCAUGGAGGGUAACCUUGAUUCUACAGAGACUGCUUGCCGUGAGAGCGGAAAGAUUUUUCAUUGCUUACGAGGUGAUGGUGGGACACUUUGUGGCUCUCUUAUGGGAGUUGCUGCAUUAGAAGCUGAUGCUGUGCUUCUUGCAGAGGCUAAAAGGAAAAUUUAUGGUUCACUGAAGAUUGGAAGUGAUGUAAUCAGCAUAGAUGAGAAAGAAUCUGAUGCUGCAUGCACAAAUGAUGGUGAAGUCCCUGAAUGGGCACGGGUUUUAGAACCAGUAAGAAAGCUACCAACAAAUGUUGGGGCUAGAAUUAGGAAGUGCAUUAAUGAGGCUUUGGAUAAAAAUCCCCCUGAAUGGGCAAGAAAAAUUUUGGAACAUUCAAUCAGCAAGGAGGUUUACAAGGGAAAUGCAUCAGGCCCUACGAAGAGAGCAGUUAUUUCCGUCCUGGCAGAUUUAAAUAAUGAAAAUGUGCAACUUAAACCUGAGAAGAAGGAAAAGGUGAAGAGUGUCAGCUCUCUAUCUGAUAUCAUCAUGAAACAAUGUCGGAUUGUGUUGCGUCAAGCUAUUGUUGCAGAUGAAGAUAGAGUCUUCUGCAAUCUUUUGGGACGAACAGUUUUGAUGCCCAAUGAUAAUGACGAUGAGGGGCGUCUUGGAUAUCCUGCAAUGGUAUCUCGUCCUUUAGACUUCAGGACAAUUGACCUAAGACUGGCUGCUGGGUCUUAUGGAGGAUCAUAUGAAGCUUUUGUUGAUGAUGUUCGGGAGGUUUGGAACAAUAUAUGCACUGCAUAUGGUGAUCAGCCUGACUUGCUUAGCUUAGCAGGAACCUUAUCUCAGAAAUUUGAGGAACUGUAUGAAAAAGAGGUUCUCUCCUUUGUCCAGAAAACUGUAGAGUGCAAGGACAAUAAUUGCUUAAACAGUGAAGCUGAGAAAGAAAGUGAUGAUUUCAUUUCACGUGUCAAUGAAAGCUCACUUCCUAAAGCCCCUUGGGAUGAGGGAAUAUGCAAAGUGUGUGGCAUGGAUAAAGAUGAUGACAAUGUUCUUCUGUGUGAUAGUUGUGAUUCUGAGUAUCAUACAUAUUGCUUGGACCCACCACUUGUCAGAAUUCCUGAUGGAAAUUGGUAUUGCCCUUCGUGUGUUGCUAAAAAAUCUCUCUCCCGAAGUGCCACCUAUAUUACUCAAAAUGUUGGUCAAUGUCGUAAAAAAAGGUAUCAAAAAGAAUUUUCUCAUAAACUUUUGGAGGCACUCAGUGAAUUAGCGAAGGCCAUGGAGUUGAAGGAGUAUUGGGAACUUACUCUACAAGAGAGAAUUUUCCUAAUGAAAUUUUUGUGUGAUGAGGCACUGAAUUCAGCCAUUAUCCGUGAUCACAUAGAUCAAUGUGCCUCUCUGUCUGCUGAUUUGCAGCAGAAGUUACGUUCACUCAAUUCUGAAUUGAAGGUUUUGAAACUAAGGGAAGAAUUUUUCACUGCAGACUUGGCUAAAGUGAAAAAUAAUGUUGGGCAUGGUGGAGACUCUGGAUCUAAUGUCUUCAGUUCUGGUGUUGUUAGUGAUGGUAAAUUAAAUGGGCAGGUGCCUGAAAGUGGUGCACAGUCACUGUCUAGUAGUUUAAGACAGCUAGAUAAUGGUGGGCAACUGAAUGAGUUGAUGGACAACAAUAAAAAGCCACGGUCAUGCACUUCAAAAGACAGUUUAGAGGAAACUUGCACAACAUCUGUCAAUCGACUAAAGUCUACCGAUACAUUAAGUAAUUUACAGUAUCAGCAGGCUGUCAAAGAUAAAUAUCAACCAGAUAAUUAUUGUCAUACGCAAUCUAGUACACAAGUAGCAAGAUUGCAAAAUGAGCUGGUACAAGGCAAUGCUUGUAGUAAUGUUGAUUUUCAGCAGGAGUCUCCAGAGAGUAGUUCCAAUUCCUUGCCAUCUACUGCCCAUGUCCUGCCUGACCAUAACUCUACUGGUUCCCUCAGCAGCAGCUGCGUGAAUCAGUCUUCUAACCCUGGUGAUGUGAGUUUUUCUCAGGCCUUCAACCUUCAACUUGCAUCUCUGAAGAGUGAGAUUCGUUCUUUGCAAGAUUCAAUUUCCGUGAAAGAGUCAGAACUUUAUAAGGUGUCUAUUAGAAAGGAAUUUCUGGGGCGGGAUUCCGAAGGCAGACCUUACUGGAUUCUUGGCAGGUCUGGUUCUUGUCUGCAGAUAGUAGCCAAUGCAGGUGUGAGUGCACAGCAGAGGUUAUCUCCAAAUUUUUAUCAUUCUGGUAUGGACAAUUCAAGACAGUUUGGUGUUUUGGAUUGGUAUGCUUCCGGGGACAAUGUUGGCAUCCCAAAUUUUUGUCAAUGGACAACUUACCAAUCUGACGAGGAAGUCAAAGAACUUCUUGAAUGGCUAAGAGAUAAUGACACAAGAGAGAGGGAAUUGAAGGAGUCUAUUUUGCAGUGGGUGAGUUAUAAAUCCAAGCAUUCCAACUUUGCUGAUGGUCUGAUCCAGAAGAAAAAAGAUCUAAGUGCGUCUGACUCCUCCAAAGGCAGAAAAGUUUCAGAUUCUGGCUCCUCCAAAGGCAGAAAAGUCUUAGAUUCUUGUUUUCUGGUCACCAAGGCUAUGACUGUCUUAUCCAAGAAAUUUGGCUCUUUCAAUGAAAUGGAUGGAACUGAAGUCUGUAAGAACCCAGGUUUGCCAGUGAAAGUCCCAUGUAAGGGUGGAAUAUAUAGGUGUCUGUGCUUAGAGCCGUUAUGGAUUUCUAGGCCUCAUUGCUACUCAUGUCACCAAACAUUUUCCAACGCCGAGGAGCUGGCGCAGCAUGCCAGUAGCAAGUGCAAGUCCAACUCAGAAUUUCAUGAGAGUAGCCAGAUAAUGGAAAAUUCUUCUAAGCGCAAAAAAGUGACAAGGAGUGAAAGCUGUCAGGAGAAGUCUUUGGCCAGUAAUGGUAUUAAUCAAGCAUCCAAGAGCAGGAAGCAAGGUAGUGUUCCUGCAUUUAGAAAUGAGAAGCACAAUAGUGAAUCUGCUUCUGUUGAACAUCAAGAUCAAGCAGAAUGUCCAUUUAAGUUUGAGGAGAUCAAACGCAAGUUUAUUGUUCAAAGCUCACUCAAGGAAGAGAUAAAGAAAAUAGGACUGAUUGGCUCAAAUGGUGUUCCAUCCUUUAUUCCAUGUAGAUCUCCCUAUCUUGAUUAUCCUGUUGGAUUGUUCCAUACUACAGAAGAUGAGGUUGCUACAGAAACUACUACAGUAGCGGAAACUUGCCAGCAGCAAUCAAACACUGGACCCAGUAUUCCUGGAAAGGUCCACAGCUUAGAUAAUCUGCCGAGUAAUGAAAAUGGAAUUUUUGAUGAUGAAUUGGAACUUGGGAGAGGCAGAUCCACAUUAUCGAAUGAAAAGAAUCAAUUGUCUUCUGUGAAGGUCAAAAGCCAAGCACUUGGAAUAAAUAAAAGCUUUACUGUUCGUGAAUCCUCUGUACGGCCAUUGGUAGGCAGGGAUUUUGAGAUUUUGAGGCGUCUAAAGAUCAACUUGCUUGAUAUGGAUGCUGCUCUACCUGAAGAAGCUUUGAGAGCGUCAAGAUCACACUCAGACAGAAGAUAUUCCUGGCGUGCAUUUGUAAAAUCUGCAGCUACAGUUUAUGAGAUGAUUCAAGCAACAAUCAUACUAGAGGACACAAUAAAGACGGAGUACUUGAGGAAUGACUGGUGGUACUGGUCAUCACCUUCGGCUGCUGCCAAAAUCUCCACCCUGUCAGCCCUUGCACUCCGCUUAUAUGCCCUGGAUUCAGCCAUCUUAUACGAGAAACACUUGGCCAAUGAAGAGGCAACAGAAGCUUCGAAACCAGAAUGUCAAUCAGAAAAAGCAGCGCCUCAGAAUUCGAAAUCAGGUAGUCCUCCAACUCAAAAGCAGCUCGAUUCAGAACCCGCUGAGAGCUCAAAAGCAAAGACCCGCGCAAGCAAGCGAAGAAAAGAUUCAGGUGGUUAAAAAGAUGUGCAUCUUUGCCGAAUCGAACUGGAUUAAUCUUUCCCGCCCAGAUGAGAUAACGUGGCUGUGUCACAUUGAUUUUGAUAUUGGCCAGUGCUGGUCUCCCGAUUAAACCAAAAAAAAAGGUGGAGACCUCUGUAUUUUCUUCAUAUGCAACACCAUAGAUCUGCAGGGUGCCAUCACUUUACCUUUCAUCUACAAACUAAAGAUUGCUGCACCCGGCUUUUCCCCCCAUCGGUGGCUUAAGGAAUGUCCGAGAAUCUGCAUUUGGCUGGAGUUGCUGCAUUCUCUGCCCAUAUAAUGCUGAUGAAAAUUUUCGCUGCCCUUCUCGAUAAGAAUACGAAGAUCAAUGAUUAUUAAACAGGUAAACCUUUAUGUACAUGUAAAAUCAAAGCUUUAGCAGUUGUAGCGCGUCGUGUAUAGAAAAAUACGGAGAAUUUCUCAGUCCAUACCCUUCCCUUGCUGAACAAUGUAAAAUUACCAACUUGUGCCGCCAUGUCUUCCACAGCUGUUCUCUAUACGAGUCUGAAAAUCAAGGUGGGUUUUUUCUGUAUUUGGUGAUUUUAAUGUGUACUUAAAAUUUUGAAUUGGCUCACUUUGAGGAAGCACUUAUUUCGCAUUCUCAGCGUUGCAUCUGCCCAAUAAUGAAAAUUAGAUUGCCCUAUAAUGAAAAUUAGAUUGGUGUUCUUA